GUGGAAUUACUGGUGGUGAUUGUGAGCAUACUGGUUGAGGAGAAGGCUGCAGAACCAAUGGAAGUUAUAGAGGGAGUUGCAGCAGCAGCAGAGAAUUUGCCAGAAAACUAUCAGUGUGCAGGGAAACAAACACAACUGGCGGGAUUCCUGCAUACGAACGUCUUCCCAUAUGAGCGGCGAUCCGAUAGGCUCGCGUUUCUUUUUUCUCUCUCUUUCUUCUUUCACGGGAAAGCGGAGACAACAAACCUCCUCCCCAUCAUUCAUAUACAUUUAUUCAUAUUUUCUUUCUUUUCUUUUCUACUUCUACCUUCUCUUUCCUCUCACAUUCAUUUUCAUUCUCUCUUCUUUGCCAUUUUAAUCCUGACAUUUUGAGCUUCGAAAUUUAGAACUCCGAGGUCAAUUAAGUUAUGAUUGAGAGGAGGCAGUAUCCGAUUGGAGCGGAGCAUUACACGCUCUAUGAAGAGGUCGGUAAUGGCGUCAGCGCUGUGGUUCAUCGUGCUCUUUGUAUACCUUUCAAUGAGGCUGUUGCUAUCAAGAUUCUUGAUUUCGAACGUAACAACAGCGAUCUGAGCACCAUUUCUCGUGAAGCACAGACAAUGGUCUUGGUUGACCAUCCUAAUGUGCUUAAAUCACACUGCUCCUUUGUUAGUGAUCAUAAUCUGUGGGUUGUUAUGCCGUACAUGGCUGGGGGAUCUUGCCUUCACAUACUGAAGGCUGCAUAUCCUAAUGGAUUUGAGGAGGCGGUUAUAGCAACAAUACUCCGUGAGGUAUUAAAGGGUUUAGAGUAUCUUCAUCAUCAUGGACACAUACACCGAGAUGUCAAAGCUGGGAAUAUUCUCAUUGAUGCACGCAGUGGAGUCAAACUUGGCGAUUUUGGUGUUUCUGCUUGCCUUUUUGAUUCUGGUGAUAGACAGCGCAUGAGGAAUACUUUUGUAGGAACACCUUGCUGGAUGGCACCUGAGGUUAUGGAGCAGUUACAUGGUUAUGAUUUUAAGGCUGAUAUCUGGUCAUUUGGUAUAACUGCAUUAGAGCUUGCCCAUGGCCAUGCUCCUUUCUCAAAAUAUCCUCCAAUGAAGGUACUGCUUAUGACCUUGCAAAAUGCACCUCCUAGCCUUGAUUAUGAAAGAGAUAGGAAGUUCUCUAAGUCUUUUAAGCAGAUGAUUGCUAGUUGCUUGGUGAAAGAUCCUUCAAAAAGGCCUUCUGCAAAGAAGUUGAUAAAGCAUUCCUUUUUCAAGCAAGCAAGGUCAAAUGAUUAUAUAGCACGAACACUUUUGGAGGGGUUGCCUGCGCUUGGUGAUCGUAUUGAGGCAUUGAAGAGAAAGGAAGAAGAUAUGCUUGCUCAGAAGAAAAUGCCAGAUGGGCAAAAGGAGGAAAUAUCACAGAAUGAAUACAAACGGGGGAUCAGUGGUUGGAACUUCAACCUUGAAGAUAUGAAGGCUCAGACGUCCCUGAUCCAAGAUGAGGACACAGUAUCUGAUAAUAGUCAAGCAGGGAGCUCGAGUAUUUUGUCUUGCUUGGACAACAAGCAAGAGAUACAAUCAGAGAGCCAAGUUGCAGAGAUGGUUAACAAUGAUUUGAUACAGAAUCUUCAUCAGUUAGGUGACUCAACAAAUGUCAUUUCCAAAUUUGAUAAAUUUGAAGAUGAUUCCAGUAAUGGUAGUCCACCUUUUGAACAAUAUGCUAUGUUGAAUAGCUCAUCUUGUCUUGAUGAUUACAAUCAAAAAAGUCUGCACGAAAAGCCUUCUUUAGAGAUCCAUGUAAAGAAUUUGGAGGGUACUGAUGUUCCUCAUGUGCAAAGAAACGGGAGUUCAUCAGUCAAUAUCACAGAAAGUAUUGUCUCUUCAGUUUGCAAAGAGAGUGAAAAGUUACAAAAUCAGCCUCAAAACAGUUCAUACUGCAACGGCAUGGCAACAUCUACAACAGGAGAGGGUUUACUUCAUGAAAUUCCUUCAAAAGGGUCUAAAUCAUCAGCAAACAGUGAUGAACUCGAUGAGAAAGCUAAACCACCAAUUAUUCAGCAAAGGGGUCGCUUUAAAGUUACAUCUGAGAAUGUUUACUUGGAAAUGGUGGCACCUACUCCUUCACUGCAAAAGAGUCACAGCAUGCAGGUUCUUACCCAACAUCCUGCAUUAACUACUUUAUCUGCACCACCUGAUGUUAUGCAACCAAGUCUUUCGGGCAAUUCUCUUUUCCUGGUGUUGCAUUCUCUGCUGCAGACAAAUCUUCUUCAAAGGGAGAGUAUUCUAAAUCUAAUGAAGCAAAUCUCAGUUGGAGACUCAACAGCUAAUCGUGCAGUUGAUGGAAGCGGAACGUCAAUAAAUAUGGCUUCUAUAGAAAGAUCUUUGCUAGAAGCAUCGCAUGAUAGGGAGAAGGAGUUGCUUCAUGAAAUAACUGAGUUGCAAUGGAGGCUCAUAUGUGCCCAAGAUGAACUCCAAAAAUAUAAAACAGCAAAUGCUCAGGUGUAAUAUGAUUUCCGACCCAUGCUCAAAUGGAUGUGUACAUCAAACAAUUAAACGUUAAACAAAACUAAAAUGAAAAGAAAACAAACAGUAUACGAAGAUGCAUUAGUAGCACACUGUUAUUUCUUUGUAUUAUAGGUUUGUAUGAAGUUGUAGAUUUGAUUAAAUAGAAAUUUUCCAGCCAGAUGCAGAUGUGCCGAUGACAUCUAUAUUGUACAUGAUUUUUAUAUUUGUGUAGUUGAGCAUGUAAAUUUCUAUAUGUACUAACUUAAUGUUAAAAAGGCUUAUUUUUUUGCUUGCCUAUGAAACAAACUAGUGUUCUUUUCUCUCAUUUAUUCAAACUUUUUUCAAUGUUUA